GGAAAAAUGUCAUCUGUCAAUAAAAUUUGACAUUAUCAGUUGUAUUUUGUAAAUUUUUUAAAGUUUCGAGUUUCAUGAAAAUAAAGAACUGGCUAUUCUGAACGCUUUAAUAAUCUCGUAAAUAAGAAGUUAAAGUAUCCAUAAAAAUACUAAAUAGGUUAUUAACUUUAUUUGUACCAAUAUCACUGUAAAAUAUGAGUGCAAUAUUUAAUUUCCAAAGCUUACUAUCUGUAAUAUUAUUAUUGAUAUGCACAUGUGCAUAUUUAAGAUCGUUUUUCCCAAGCAUUAUGGACCGCAAUAAAACUGGAUUAUUGGGAACAUUCUGGAAAUGUGCAAGGAUCGGAGAAAGAAAGUCCCCCUAUGUUGCAGCCUGCUGCGUCAUAAUGGCAUUUUCUAUUCUAUUUCUAACAUAAUACCUAUUAUUUAGUUCUAGAAUACUACAAUAUUUUUACUGAAAGUGUACUAAAAGUACAGAGGGAUAAGUAUUUUUCAAUAGAAACUUAUGAUGUGAACAUUUACUUCAAUAUUCCAAUAGGAACCUUAUAUACAUCAGCAUUAACUACAAUAUGCAUUUAAUUCUCAUCUUUACAAAACCAAUUAUCUUAAAAUUUAAACCAAAUAUCUAGGAAAUGUAUACAAAGUAUUUGUUCACAUUGUCUAAAAUCAAAAAUGUGGUAGUCUACAUUUUAAAAGUGGCAGGCUAAUUGGAUCUGGACUACAAUCUUACUGUAGAUCAGCAUAGAUUGGCAAUGAAGGCCUUAACUAAUGAGACUCUGGGUGGCAGACCUUGUGUGGUCUUUUUACCCUAAUGUUGAUAAAAGAUUUUUUUUCUUUGUGCUUUGCAAGCGUAAGACCUUAGGCAGUUGCCCCUUUUACCACCUCCUUAGGCCACCACUGUGUGGCACUACUGUCUCUUUUUGCAAUUGUCAGACUGAUAGGACAAUGGCAUGAGCCCUACUGAGCAUUUAUCUGGUAACUCAUUGCUAUGUGCUAUAAGAGGAAAUGUUUCUAUUGAAAAAUAGUGUAUAAGAAUUACCCUAAUAUAAUUUUGUAAUAAAUAUAUUUUACAUAUA